AUGGACAAGUUCGUUACACUAGAGCCCACGCGGCUGUACAACACCCCCGCACCCGCCUCUGCACCCUCCAAACGCUUCUCACUCCAUAGAGCGAGUGCAGCACACCCGCCCACGCGAGUACACGCGCCCGCACCCUUCCAAGUCAUCGGCCGCCUCCCCGUCGACGUGCACAUCCUCGUCCUCUCCGUGCUCGCCGUACCCGACAUACCCGCCUAUGCCCGCUGCUCCCGCGCCCUCGGCCAGCUCGCCCGCGACGAGCGCGUCUGGGAGGCCCGCUGGAAGGCCUUUGGGCUCGAGAAGGCCCGCCUCGGCGACGUCCUCGACGUCCUCGAUGAGAAGGUGAAGGUGCAGAACGGGCUCGACCGCGGACACGCCCCGCCCACGCUCGCGACGGAAAGUCUUGACGAUGACUUUGGGGACUUCGCGUCCGUCGAGGCGCAGGCGGACGAGAUGGGCGACUUUGUCGGCGGGGGCGGCGGGUUCAGCUCGCCCACGCCGCGCACGCCCGCGUUCACCCUUGGACCAGCGAGUAAGACCUUCCGCGCUCAGUAUAUUCGCGCACACAACCUCCUCAAACCGCUCCUCCCCGCGCUCGCUGCCCCGCCGCACGCCGUGCUCUCCAGCCUGUUCCCGUCACCGACGCCUCCACUGCGCAGCCAAGCGCACACACUGCGCCUACUCUCGCGCUUCCUCUCCCCCUCCGUGAAACCAUUGCGCAAUUGGGAAACGCUGGGAUCCGCCCUCCGCGCCGCGAUCGACCGCUUUGAAGACGGCCUGCUUACCGCGUUCGACGUCGCGGAUGGCAAGGGCGACGAGGCCGGGAUGCGCGAAGCCGCGGAGGCGAGCUGGGAGGUAUGGGACGGCGCGGGUGCGGAGUGGGAGCUUGGCAAGGUGUGGGCAGAAAAGUUGGAGAUAUUCUAUGAACAAAGUAAAUGGAAGCCACUUGACAACUUUACUGCUGAGUCCGAGCUGGAUUUCAACGCAAUGGACGAGUUCAUGGUCGAGCUCCUGCGCGCGCUCGAAGAACAUGGCUCGCGCGCGGUGCGCGUCUUUCCUCCAGACGCGAAUGUGCUCGUCGCGUUCUCGGAUCGCCUCGCGAACGAAGUCGUAGGAGAGUACGUCACGUCGCUGCUUACGCGGGCGCGCGAGAUCUCGAAUGAGAUCUUCCUCAAAGCAACCGCCGCGAGCUUCAAGGAGGCGUGGCGGAUGGUGGAAGUGAUCAUGAAGGUCGCGACCGCGAAAGAUCCUCAAUUCCCGAAGACGAAGGCCGAAGACGUGGUUUAUCGAAUGUUCGAACCGAACAUGGACGAGUACCUCGACGAGGAAGUCGAGUUUGUCAAGCAAAGUUUCGAAAUGACAUGCCGCGCAUGGGAGAAAACACUCUCAGAACAUCGCGCCGUCGCGAACGCCUCCCCGAAUACCGAAACCGCGCGUUUCCUCGGGUCCCACAACCCCGCACAAGUCAAACGCACCGUCCUCGCCUCGUUCACCGACGUCCUUCUCCUCCCCGUUACCAUCGUCCCGCGCACCGUCGGCGCCGUCGGCGCAGCCAUCACUACGACGAGCAGCGCCGCCGUACAGGGCAUCGCCAUGCUCAACCCGCAGCGCUGGGGCGCGACGAACAGCAGCGCGAGUAACGCGGCCAACGGCUCCAGGACCGCGUCGACGAGCUCGUUUCCCAGCUUCGCGCGCAUGUCGUCGUGGGGCGCGGGCGGGAAGGACAAGGACGGGUAUGUGCGCGACUUCGAGAAGGGUGGAGACCGGACGUUAUUCGAUAUCGGGGCGGACGAGGAGGACGAGGAGGAUGAGAAGGGCUCGGGGGAGGUGUUGGACGAGAAGCGAGCGAGUACCGCGACUGCACGAUCUUCGUUAACUGUAUCGACUACCGCUGACUCCCUGAGUACCGCUGCGACGUCCGUCGACUCUACUCGAUUAUCAACCCCAGCCCGGAAUCCGCCUGCGCUCGACAACCUCGACCUAUUGCUGUCCCUCGAUAUCGCAUUAGAGCUCAUUCACGCCGACCGCGAAUCCAUGAAGCGCGCCGAGACGUUCUCGGGGUACCCAGGCGCGUACGGCCACCGCGUGCGCGACACCAUUGAGGAAAUAUUUUGUCUCCUGCUCCAGGCGUUGGGCGAGCGUCAUAUCAAACCCGGUUUCGACACAGCUAUCCAACAGAUGAAGUCGUACAAGCCUGACGAGCACGAGGAGACGAAGAGUGUCGCGCCGCUUCUGCAAUUCUUCGAGCUAGUGCAUAUCGGAGACACGAUGCAAUCUAUGAUUCAUGUCUACUUCGACAAGGAGCUGGCGCCUCACAUAGACCGUCACGACUUCCUGAACACGGUCGUACGCGAGAAGAAGCGAUUCGAAGACGUCCUGGACGACUCUGUUGCGGGUGGUCUGAACGCAGCCACGGACGCGCUGAUGAAUCAGGUCGAGCACAUUAUCCUGAAGCUGACAAAACCGCGGGAGUACUACCCGCCCGAAGACAGUCCAAUGGAGCUCGGGCCCACGGAAGGCUGUCGCGAAGCGAUCAAGUGCUUGCAAAUGCAUUGUCAACUGCUCAAGGGCAGUACGAGCAAGGAGGUCCUGGAAGUGUUCUACCAGGAGGUCGGCAUCCGCCUCAUCGCCAUCCUACAGAAACACCUGAAGCGGCAGAUCAUCUCGCUGAACGGUGGCUUCCAAGUGAUCGCGGACCUGAACGCGUACCAUGCAUUCAUCGCGUCCCUCCGCGUCGCGAGUAUUACGGCCGAGUUCGCCUACUUGAAGAUGCUCGGGCACGUCUACGUGGUGGAAGACGCGAAGGAUCUCGCGCAAAUCGUGCGCGACGUGACGCGAUACGGGGGCGCGUAUCGGCCAGAGGAUAUCUACGAGUUCAUCCAGCGGCGGUCAGACUGGAAGAAGAUCGAAAAGACGGUGGACAAGACGAUGUACAACCUGAGCUUCAAGGAGGACUGCGUCGUCUGCUAG